ACAAAUAAGUUGAGGCAUUCUCUUCUAUUCUAUUCUAAAAACUCGAAACAAUCUUGUAGUAAGAAGAAGAAAAUGCCGAUUUCUAAAAUUGCCAUUGGAAAUUCUACGGAGUUGAGCCAAGCUGAUGCCCUUAAGGCUGCCCUUGCUGAGUUCAUCUCAAUGCUCAUCUUUGUCUUUGCUGGAGAAGGCUCUGGCAUGGCUUAUAAUAAGUUGACAAACAAUGGUUCAGCGACAGCAGCAGGGUUGGUGGCAGCAUCACUGUCACAUGCCUUUGCUCUUUUUGUUGCUGUGUCUGUUGGUGCAAACAUAUCUGGUGGUCAUGUGAACCCUGCUGUGACAUUUGGUGCCUUUGUUGGUGGCCACAUUACUCUUUUUAGAAGCAUAUUGUACUGGAUUGCUCAGUUGCUCGGCUCUGUCGUUGCUUGCUUGCUCCUUAAAUUUGCCACUGGUGGAUUGGAAACAUGUGCAUUUGCACUGUCUUCUGGGGUGGGAGCAGCGAACGCUCUAGUGUUUGAGAUUGUGAUGACUUUUGGUUUGGUGUACACGGUGUAUGCAACUGCAGUGGAUCCAAAGAAGGGUGAGGUUGGCAUAAUUGCUCCCAUUGCAAUUGGUUUCAUUGUGGGUGCUAACAUCUUGGCCGGUGGUGCAUUUGACGGUGCUUCCAUGAACCCUGCAGUGUCUUUUGGGCCUGCUGUCGUGAGUUGGACCUGGGAUAACCACUGGGUUUAUUGGGCCGGCCCAUUCAUUGGUUCUGCUAUUGCUGCUCUUGUCUACGAGAUUUUCUUCAUUACCCCAAACACUUAUGAACAGCUCCCUGUCACGGAUUAUUAGAGCUUAGCUUAACUCCCCCAUUGUGUUUUUUAUUGGAAUUGGGAUGGAUGUGUUUCUCUGCCUUCGUUUCUUCUCAUGCUUUUGUUUUGCAUUUGCUUGUUUCCAAAUGUUGAUUCCCUGAACUUUGUAACAUGACAUCUUUUUUCAUUAAGUAAUGAUUAUUUCCUUUCAUCUAAA